AGCAAAGCCAGCACCGACUUCCGGCUGCUCAAUGGGCUUCACCGUCACCAAGAUCUCCGAGGGCUACGUCCGGCCUGCGGAGCCGACGCCCCCGGGCUCGCUGAACCUUGACUGGAUCGGCCGCUACCCGACCCACCGCGGCCUAGUCGACUCCCUUCACAUCUUCAAGUACGGCAAGGAUCCCGCUGGGGUCAUCCGCAAGGCGCUAGCCCGGGCGUUGGUGCAUUACUACCCCAUUGCGGGUAGGAUUGUGCAGCCGGAGGGCUGCGAGCCCCGGAUUGAGUGCACCGGUGAUGGCGUCUGGUUUGUGGCUGCCUCCGCCGACUGCAGCCUCGCCGACGUCAACUACCUGGAGCGUCCCAUGAUGCUCGGGCAGAAUGACAUCCUGCCCUACACUGAGCUGGAGACCAGCCCCGCCAACACUUUGGUGAUGAUUCAGGUCACCGAGUUCACAUGUGGUGGGUUCGUCAUGGGUCUAAGGACCAACCAUGCAUUUGCUGAUGGCUUAGGAUCGGCACAGGUCAUUUCCGCCAUCGGUGACCUUGCUCGUGGCCUCCCGGAGCCGAUCGUCAAGCCUGUCUGGAACCGGGACAGCUCUCCCAAUCCAAAGAUCAAACCUGCUCCGCUCCCCGACUUGCCCAAGCUGGCCUUGGAGUACUCUGCGGUCGACUUCCCCACACGCUAUCUCAACCAACUAAAAAAGCAGUACAAGGUGCACAGCAAUGGCAAAUGGUGUUCCACCUUUGACAUCAUAAUCGCCAAAGUUUGGCAAUGCCGCACUAGGGCUAUUUACUCGGAUCCUGAUGUCAAUAUCCGCCUGUGUUUCUUCGCGAGCACUCGCCAUAUUUUGAAGAUCGACAAAGGCUACUGUGGCAAUUCAAUCUUCCCAGUGAAAGUCUUAGCAACGAGUGGGAAGAUUAAUACCUUGUCAGUCGUCGAGAUUGUGGACUUGAUCAAGGAGGCCAAGGACCAGAUGGCAACCGACGUCCAGAAGUGGGCUAAUGAUGAGUUCGAAGUUGAUCCCUUCAGCAUGACAUUCAACUAUGAAACCAUAUACAUCUCAGAUUGGACUAAGCUGGGAUUCUCAGAAGUUGACUAUGGAUGGGGGGUUCCGGUGUAUUGUGGUCCAUUUACCAACAACGACUACAUUGCUUCCUGCAUUCUUCUGAAAGCACCGGUGCCUUUUGAGGGCACCCGGCUGAUAGCCAGAUGCGUCUCCAAAGAGCACAUCGAUGCAUUUAACAAGCGAGUGAAUCAGUUCGACUAAGGAAGAUUCAAGAGUUUUUGAGAAUUGCAUAUUUAUAUGAUUCUGGUGUUCAAGAGUUUUUAAGAAUUGCAUACUUGUAUGAUUCUGGUGAGAUUAUGUGAGCUUAUUUGGUUGUGGAAUGUCUUAUUUUAUCACUGCCUUUAAUUCUUCAUCCAAAAUUGGUGUUUUUUUUCUUUUUACUGUCCUGCAUC